AUGUUGAUGCCAUUCAACCUUCGUCUCCAGGGUCCUCUCCAUAUCGACAAGGCGCUCGCACAGAGCAGCAUGUUCCCUCUGGACAGUGGAGUAUGCAUGCCACUGUUCAGGUUGCCAUCUGCGGGUCCCAUCUGUCACGCUGAGCGUCCCAAAAUGCCCCGCCGCGAGCUCCCAGUUGAGCUGUAUGACCACAUCCUCGACUACCUCUGGGACGACCAGCGCACGCUGCUCGCCUGUAGCCUCACAUGCCGCGCCUGGGUGCCCACCACCCGCCUCCACCUCUUCGAGAUCGUAGUCAUCAGAGGUCCAGAGGACUGCGCAUGUCUCCAUAGGGUGCUUGAGACCUCUGCAGCGGGGUCGACGCGAGUCGCAGACUACGUCCGCGAUAUCAGCAUCAUUGACCCAGACCCUAUCGAUCGGGACGCCGGGGUGCAGCCGGCGGAGGAGAGCACGCGAUGGCUGUGUCGCUGGAUGCCCAAGAUACUCCCCAAAUUGAAACGGGUCGAGUGCCUGCGCUUGGAGCAUAUUGACUGGGAGCUGCUCGCUGCGAAUGAGGGCACGAAGAACUGCAUCCUCUCGUUCUGCCCCGGGCUCAAGUCCCUCCACUUGUCGUCUGUCAUGUUCGCGACGUCGGACGCGCUCCUGCAGACGAUCAUGUCGUUUCCAUCGCUCAAUUCUCUCCAGAUGGCGUACCUCGUCUGGUGGGGCGACGUCUCCGACUCAUCGGCCCAUCUCCCCGGACAGGACGCAAGCCCUGAGAACGGCAAGACGAUCAUCCGUGAACUGAAGAUGGAUUCACUCUACGAUCCCACCGUCGUGCUCAACUGGCUGCUCAAGCCUCCUUUCGAGCUCCAGCUUCGCAAGCUGGAGUGGGGCUCCAGUGCCCAGCCGUCGCAGCGUCCCAUCCUCCUAGAGACCUUGCGCCUCUCCGAGACCACACUCGAAGACUUGCGACUGGCUGUUUGGGCCGAGACUUGUGAGCUAAAGCGUACUUGUGCCUCAUCCUUCCCCUUACCUCGUUCUUCCCUGGCAGUCCUCGCGGAUGUGAAUCUUGCCCGGUUCCCCCGAUUAAAAUACCUCGACGUCGGCAUCCAGAACCCGCUCGUCGCCCGGAAUGCAUGGUACCCUGCCGUCCCCGAGUUCUUGGCCAUGAUAUCUUCCACCCGUCUACGGGAGAUCAAGCUGCGCUUCAACCUCUUCAACACGUCCGACGCUGGGUUGGACUUCAUGGACUGGCGACGCAUGGACGAGGUCCUCGUCUUCCUGCAUCAAAAUCUUCCCAUGCUAGUGUUUGGCUUCCAUUUUCACAUUCAGCUCCAUCCAGGGAGUGUUAUGCCUAACGUCGCUUGCGCUCUGACAAGCCGGCUGCCUGCAGCUCGAGCCGCAGGCCUGCGCAUGAAAGUUGUCGCGGGCGGUAUGAUCCGCGAGGGAAGGGGCCAAGCCAUUCCCGAUAAAGAAGACUGGAUCCCCAUGUCAUAA